CAUACCCCACCAGUGGCCUUUCCUCCCAGUCCAGAGAGGCAGCCAAAGUGGGCGAUGGGUUCCCACUGUGCCAAGCUCGGCACGGGCCACAGCUGGGGCCACGAAUCCUCCAUGAAGAAGUUCGUGGCCUGCGUGAGUCAGGAUAACUUCUCCUUGUCGUCGGCGGGUGAGGAGGAGGGAGAGGCAGAGGGAGAGGCGGAGGAGCUCCCGGUGCAGGGCAAGCUGCUGCUGCUGGAGCCUGAGUGGCAGGAGGAAGGUGCCAAAGAUGACUCUGUGGACCAGAAGAACCUCAAGCCCAAGCAGACGCAGUCCUGACCCAUGACGUGGCCCGGGCAGAGGUGCCGGUCGCUGUUCCAGAGAGAAGAACUUUCAGAAGAGAGUAAAUAAAGAGUCUCCAAGGAAUCCUCCUCCCGCUGCUCUCCCCCCGCCGCCCCACCCCGACCCCGUGCCCGUGGCACCGCGCGCGCAUGUGUGCGUGUGUGCAGGGAGGUUGAAGAGCAGGAGUCACUGAGCCCCGUCCCUGAAC